AUGGGAGGAAAUGAAGAUUGGAGGAAAAACGCAGACACCCACAAAAUGAGCCCUGAGGAAGUAAAAAGCGCAGGAGUUGAGGCCUCAAAGCGGCCGCCGGGGCACAACCCUGGUGGCGUCCUCCACCAGCGGCGGAGCUUGCCUUACAGCCCAUAUACCAUAGUUCUUGGUGGCCUUGCUAUUAGUGGCGCUAUAUGGUACUUCACCUUGUACACCAAGAAAAAGCCCGAAGCCACCGCCCGGGACGUUGCCAAAGUUUCCUUCGGUGUUGCUGAUCCUAAAGAUACACAUCCUCGCAAAUAA